CCCAGUACCAACGAUCACAAAUCCUGUCAGACUAUCAAUACUAUAUCUGUAUCCUCGUCCUGGGUGGCACCCAUAACUUCCUCUCUCUGCUGGUGUUCGUCAGUUACUUUGUGUGCAAUCACCCACGACUGCCCAGCCUUCGAAACGGAGUCAACACUUGCAAAAAGCUGUCACUGAGGAGGAAGCAAGAAGACGAAGAAGAGGAGGAUAAGAAGAGAAAGCAUGUUUCCAAGCUCGAUGCAAGAUUCUUCAGUGUUACAACCUUCUACUAUGCAGUAUUUCUAGCAAUGUCCAUCGGUGGAACCUUCUCCAACGGGUAUUUUUUUGCCUUCCAUCUUCUGAACAUCGUCAACAACAACCAGCUUCUCAGUGGAGUCAUUCAUGCAGUGACCCAGAACGGGAAGUCGCUGCUGUGGGUUGGAGUCCUAGGUCUGGUGAUCUUCUACCUGUACGGGAUGAUCGGCUUCGCUUUGAUGAGGAGCAUGUUCAACCCAAAUGACUACCUGUACUGCAAUACACUCUGGCAGUGUACAGUCACCGUCAUCCGGUACGGUCUCAUCGGGGAUCUCUUUGAGAUUAUGAAGCCCCAUGACAACGAGAAAACAUUUGAGAAGUUUGGAAUCGUCGUCUUCUACCAUGUUUCAUUCUUCAUCUUCAUCACCACUAUCGGACUCAACAUCAUCUUUGGUAUCAUCGUGGACACAUUUUCAGAACUCAGAGAUCUCAAGUGGACAGCCGAGUCUGACAUGCGAGAUACCUGCUUUAUCUGCAGCAGAAACUCCUAUGAUUUCGAGCAUCACGGAAAGGGCUUUGAUCACCAUGUCCGCCACGAACACAACAUGUGGUCCUACAUUUUCUUCUUCAUCCACCUCAACGGGACCAAAGUUAAUGAUUACACGGCUCUGGAGAUGUAUGUCUUCAAGCUACUUGGAAAGGAGAAUUACGAUUUCUUUCCACUGGACCGAGCACUGUCCUUGUCUGCCAUGGGUAAGGAUGCUACAGAGACCAAACUGGACGAUCUUCUAGGUCAAGUCACUUCCAUUGUGGAGAAACAGCGUGUUGAGGAACUGGAGAGAAAAAGGCGCGAAGAAAGGUUAAAACAAAAGCAGUGGGAACAGAAAUAUCGUCUGUCAUCCUUCCGAAGACGAGCUCAUCUGCCAGGCCCGUUAGAGCCGGAGCCCAACGUCAUGACAACAUCUGGGGAGGAUCCUAGGAUGUUGCAGCUGAGUCCACUGCCUCCGUUCAGUCAGGGACACCGACGGCAGAGUUAUGGGGACUACAGUUCUCAAGGAAGGCCUUCUAUUG